AUGCCGGGCAUAGGUCAAGAUUAUACCGUUAGCCGGUCUUUGUCCGAUACACCAAAUGAAGCCUCCGGAAGACCUGUCAGGGCCACCGCAAAUAGCCCUUUGGGCUCUCUACAGGGAACCGCCUCGCUACCGAACAUUGUAACCUUUGCGCAUGCGGAUAGCUUCGGAAGCAGACCACACCAGCGUGCAUUUGGUGCAGACUCCCCUCGAACAUCAGAUGCGCCCCGGCGAAGCCUUUCAUACGCCUUGCGACAAGAAGCAGAAGUUUACUACGACUCGCGAGCCGCAACACACGAUGAAUGGAAACGACGGGAUCGAACGCUACAAGACUACUAUCAUAAUAAUCCUCAACUCUUGCCGCAGCUACCUUUUACUUGGCAUCAUGGAUGGAAGCGCUGGAGACUCUUCCUUUUUGCGAUUAUGGUGUGUAUCGACGGCUCGGUAAUACCGAUCGUGCUCUACUAUGCAAUGAGAUACGCAGGCCAUGUUCAGGGCUGGAUUAUCUUCGCUGUGGUCACCACUAUUUGGGGCGGCCCAACAUAUGUCGAAUUUGGUAUCAGAACCUGGCGACUUAUGAAGAAGGAGAGAUUUUAUCGUCCAUUGGGCACGAAUAGCCGCUGGUGCUUCGAUAUACUGAACUGGGCAUCCGUGCUUACCAUCACUGCCGUUACGGCCCUCUUCAUUGUGGGCAGUGCACCGCAUGAGGUUUGGCUGAGAGUUCUCUGCAUGCCAGCGCCGGCCAUCUUGUACAGCCUUGGCGGCGUCCUCGGUCUAAUCACUCUGUUCAACUAUAUGAACUGGCGCGCCCCUUUCCGCCUCAGUUCCACUGCAAAGGGCGAAAAGGUUCUGCCGGGAGUGUAUUAUUUCAUUGAAGAUGUCGUUGCCGUCAAUGCCGGUGCCGGCAGGCCGUACAGAGAAGCUUUUGCGGCCCGUUAUAAUGCUAGCCCCCGCUUCCAGCAAAUGCUGUUCAAGCAAUCCGUAUUCUGGUCCGUGCCAGCGCUUCUGCUGGCUGCCGCCCUCACCGUCAUUGCACUCGUACAUGAAGUUCCAGCAACUGUUGCGUAUGGAGUAUGCUGGGCCGUGCCGUUCAUAUGGUGUGCGGUCUGGGGCUGGAUAACAGUCAUCUGGUGUAAGCGAGAUAUGGUCCGCGAAAGAGUGGAGUGGGAAGAGAAAUACCCUACUGAGAAACAUGGCACUGCAACGAACAAUAUACCUUUAGCGACGGUAUAG